UGAACUCCUGGCCGGGCGCUGGGACGGCCGGGAGGCGGGAUGCGGAGUCCGGGGGCGGCGUGGCUGCUGGGGGGCGCCGUCCUGCUGGCGGCCUCCGCCGCCGCAGACAGCGCCCGGGCAGGAACCAACCGAACAUCUAGGGGAAGAAGCCUCAUUGGAAAGCACAAUGGCCUCCCUUCCGUCACCGUGGAAGGAGUUAAAGGGGACCCGGGCUUGUCUGUGGAUGAGUUUUCUACCGCCGUGCUCACCGGGAAGCUGACCACCAUCUUUCUUCCCGUGGUCUACACCGUCGUCUUUGUGGUUGGCUUGCCCAGCAAUGCCAUGGCCUUGUGGGUUUUUCUGUUCCGGACGAAGAAGAAGCACCCGGCGGUGAUCUACAUGGCCAACCUGGCCCUGGCAGACCUUCUGUCUGUCAUCUGGUUCCCCCUGAAGAUCGCCUACCACGUCCACGGUAACGACUGGGCGUACGGGGACGCGCUGUGCAAGGUGCUCAUCGCCUUUUUCUACGGCAACAUGUACUGCUCCGUGCUCUUCAUCACCUGCCUCAGCGUGCAGAGGUACUGGGUCAUCGUGAACCCCAUGGGGCACUCCCGGAAGAGGGCUGCGCUCGCCGUCGGCGUCUCCCUGGGAAUAUGGCUGCUGAUUCUGCUGGUCACCAUCCCCUUGUACAUCAUGAAACAGACCGUGUACAUUCCCGCCCUCAACAUCACCACCUGCCACGACGUGCUGCCCGAGGAGAUGCUGGUCGGGGACAUGUUCCACUAUUUCCUCUCUCUGGCCAUCGGAGCCUUCCUGUUCCCGGCCUUCCUCACGGCUGCGGCCUACGUGCUGAUGAUCCGAACCCUCCGCUCUUCUGCCAUGGACGAGAACUCAGAAAAGAAGAAGAGGAGAGCCGUCAGGCUCAUCAUCAUCGUCCUGGCCAUGUACUUGAUCUGCUUCACUCCGAGCAACCUUCUGCUCGUGGUGCAUUACUUCCUGAUUAAAAGCCAAGGCCAGAGCCAUGUCUACCCCCUGUACCUGGCCGCCCUCUGCCUGGCCACCCUCAACAGCUGCAUCGACCCCUUUGUGUAUUAUUUUAUUUCCAAAGACUUCAGGGAUCACGCAAAGAACGCGCUGCUUUGUCGGAGCGUUCGCACUGUGAAGAGGAUGCAAAUAUCCCUCACCUCAAAGAAAUUCUCCCGGAAAUCCAGCUCUUACUCUUCAAGUUCCACCAGUGUUAAGGCCUCCUACUGAGGUCUCUCCAUAGCUGGAAGUUGUACAGUUGGACGUGAAGUCUGCUUCAUGGGGGGGGAGAUGGCAGUUGUUUUCUAAGCAAGCCAGUCUCUGCACAGACCGUGUGUACACAGGAUUGCUCAGACCUUCCCCGCAGAGUCCUCAGAGGAACAGUCAGCGCCAGAAACCCAGCUGCUCACAUCUGACCCAAGCAGACUUUUCAGGAGCCCGGUGACUUGCCAAGACCCACAACUGCCGCGAAGACUGAGUUCCUAGCAGGACCUACAUUUUCCACAUCGGAAGAGGUCCGUCCAUUCUGGCCAUGUUAGGGCUUGGGGGCCUCCAGAGAGCAUCUGACGUGACUUCACAGGGGAGGAAGAUGAGGAUGCUGACUCCGAUUUCCAGCCAGUCCCGGUGAACUCGGGUUGGAUGAUGGGGUCACUUGUUCAGUGCUUUGCAUACCGGUAUCAUCUUAUUAAGAGACUGGAUUCUGCCAGGCACUGGUGACUCAGGCCUCUCAGCCUAGCGACUCAGGAGACUGAGAUCUGAGGAUCACAGUUCAAAGCCAGCUCAGGCAGGAAAGUCUG